AUGACUCUUGUAAAUGUGAAGCUCUGGGCUAUUGAUCGACAAUGUUUCCAAACAAUAAUGAUGAGGACAGGACUCAUCAAGCAUACCGAGUAUAUGGAAUUUCUAAAAAGUGUUCCCACAUUCCAGAGCCUUCCUGAAGAGAUCCUCAGUAAACUUGCUGACGUCCUUGAAGAGACCCACUAUGAAAAUGGGGAGUACAUCAUCAGGCAAGGUGCAAGAGGGGACACCUUCUUCAUCAUCAGCAAAGGAAAGGUAAAUGUCACUCGCGAAGACUCACCAAGUGAAGACCCAGUCUUUCUUCGGACUUUAGGCAAAGGAGAUUGGUUUGGAGAGAAAGCCUUGCAGGGGGAGGAUGUGAGAACAGCAAACGUAAUUGCUGCAGAAGCAGUGACCUGCCUUGUGAUCGACAGAGACUCUUUCAAGCAUUUGAUUGGAGGAUUGGAGGAUGUUUCUAAUAAAGCAUAUGAGGAUGCAGAAGCUAAAGCAAAAUACGAAGCCGAGGCUGCUUUCUUCGCCAACCUGAAGCUGUCUGAUUUCAACAUCAUCGACACCCUUGGCGUUGGAGGUUUCGGACGAGUAGAACUGAUCUUUGAGCUUAGUCAUUUAGCCAACAAUGCAGCAAGCCCACCUUUCUCAGGCCCAGAUCCUAUGAAAACCUAUAACAUCAUAUUGAGAGGGAUUGACAUGAUAGAAUUUCCAAAGAAGAUUGCCAAAAAUGCUGCUAAUUUAAUUAAAAAACUAUGCAGGGACAAUCCAUCAGAAAGACUAGGGAAUUUGAAAAAUGGAGUGAAAGACAUUCAAAAGCACAA